AUGGACUACGACAGAUACGACGCUACCCUCCACUACAUCUUCAAGCAGACUCAGGGUGACGCUUGGUUCAGGCCACAUGAAGACCAAGUACCACCAGGCGUAUGUCUUCGUACUCAUGACGGUCAAUUCAGAGUAUUCCCAUACGAGACCGCCGCCCUCGCUCCAUUCGAAGCUGCAGUAGCUGCACUCAACCCACUCGUAGCAGUAAAAGUUAGAAGUGCGGCAGUUCAUGCUGCAUUGGCAGAGCAAGCAAUCGACGAUUGUAUCUAUGUCGACGCAAACACACGAAUCCAAGUACUCGAUUCCAUGUUUCUCCUUCCACAAGCAGAAAAGGAUCAGAACGCUGCUUUCAUCCGUGAUGAACGCGUACUCGUCGUCUGGAGCGACUCUCUCGACACAAUCAUACCCAUAGCACGCGACUUUGAAGAUCGUCUCAUUCGUCUACUCUGGCGUACAAGGCCACCACUACCAUCCACACACGAACUAUCCAUUUACUCAGAGAAACCAGUAGACCCUAAUCUAACUCCCUCUUCUACCCUAGAUUCAGAAGUAAAGCGCAACUGGUUUGGUCGCCCAAUUCAAGAUCAGGACCCAGAAAAGGUUACUCAGAAACCAACUGCCCGUCCCAUCAUGCUCUACGCUCCAGUAUACAACGGCCUCGCUGCCGCACUCGCUUUCAUUUUCAUCGGCAACGGUCUCCGCACCCUCCUUACAGAAUUCCGCCUAGACGGCAACUACACUCAUUUCGCCCUUUGUGCUCUCAUGCCUCUUCUCUUUUGCGUCUCUCUCUUCUUCACUCUUCAAAUAUUGCAAAGCGUCACUUUUGCUGUCGGCCCCAUCGCUCAUUACCACCAAAACAGUCGUUACUACUCUGCAGUCCCUCCUCUCCCAAACCCAGUCGUCGACAAUGCACUCCCCCACAUCACUAUCCAAAUGCCCGUCUACAAAGAGUCUCUCGCAACAGUCCUUACCCCCUCCCUCACAUCCCUCAAAACCGCAAUGCAGACCUACGCACGUCACGGCGGCACAUCAAGCCUCUUCAUCAACGACGACGGCCUCCGCCUCCUCCCCCCAGACCAAGCCAAAGAACGUAUCGAGUACUACGCAACACACGGCAUCGGCUGGAUCGCAAGACCACGACACGGGCACCAAGGCUUCACACGCGCCGGCCGCUUCAAAAAAGCCUCAAACAUGAACUACGCCCUCGACAUCUCCCUCCGCCUAGAACGUAUCCUCGAAGACCUCCAAUCACCCGCCCACAACUCCCUCUCUCACAGCCAAGCUGCAUCUUUUGCCAACCAAAACUUUAACCCGAGCACGGACAGCAAUCUCUUCACGCCUCCUAACCCGCCUUUCCACCGCGCGAGCACCAGUACCACGUUCAGCGGACAGAGUGCUCAUACUGAAGGUGGCAGCAUCAUCAGCGUCCCGGGUCAGUCGCCUGGGACCUACGGGGUGCAGUACAUUGGCAAGGAUGGCGAUGAUCAAAGCUUUGUUCCACCUUUUGCUACUGGAGCUACUGGUGGCGGGAGCAUGCCCGGCACGCCUCGGCCCACAGCUACGCCACGCGCCACGACACCCGAGCCCCCCACACUCGCCACAACGCACAUCGAAGACCUCGAAGAGCGUGCCCUUCAAUUAGCCAUGGAAGAAGUGUAUCAAACCUCCCAAACAGGCCAUCGGCCAUGGGCAGCAAACGCUCGCGCAUGCCGAAUCGGGUCUAUCAUCUUGUUGGUCGACGCUGAUACUAUUGUUCCGGCAGAUUGUUUCCGCGACGCUGCGAGAGAGUUUGGAGAGGAUGAAGGUGCCGAGGUCGGAGUUCUACAGCAUGAGAGCGACGUCCUCCAAGUCGCCCACCACUACUUUGAAAACGCCAUCGCCUUCUUCACCCGCCGAAUCAACAAAUGCAUAAGCAUGAUGUGCGCAAACGGCGAAGUCGCGCCUUUUGUGGGGCAUAAUGCGUUUUUGAGGUGGAGCGCGUUGCAGGAUGCGGCGUUUGUUGGCAAGGAGUUUGACGCGCCUGAUUCUGGUGCUACGGGCGCGUCUGGAACGGGUACGGGUGCAAGACACGGAAAGGCAAAAGCAACGCACCAGGGAACUCAGAUCAAGAUCUGGAGCGAGGAUAAUGUCAGUGAAGAUUUUGAUAUGGCGCUCAGGCUUUUGAGACAGGGGUAUAUCGUCAGAUGGGCUACGUAUUCACAAGGCGGGUUCAAAGAAGGUGUAUCGCUCACUGUCGAUGAUGAGUUGAACAGGUGGCAAAAGCUACUCUUUAACCCCUUUGUCAAAUGGUUCUACAAAGGCCCCAUCAACAGCCAGAUUCACAAAUUCAUGUGGAGCCCUGCACCGCUCCAUUACAAGAUCUCGUCGAUGGCCUACAUGUUCUCAUAUUAUGGCAUAGCAGCCUCAGCUACCAUCUCCCUCAUCAACUACAUCAUGCUCGGCUUCCAAUUCCCUACAGAUGAUUUCUACAUGCACAGUUUCGAGAUCUGGUUAGCCACCUUUGUGGUGUUUUUCGGAGCUGGCAGUGUGGGCUUCUUCUUCUUCGGCGGACUAAGCAUCCCGCUCUCGCAAGCCAUCCUCGCUCAUCUGUUCUCGUACAACAUCCAAUGGAGCGCAACAAAGAAGGAGGUCGAGAGGUCGAAUUUCUUCAAGGAAGUGCCAAAGAUCUUCAAGAGGUGCGUUUCUUUUUUUCUUGUCAAUUCAAUUUGCUUUGCUUCUGUUUCGGAUUGGCCGUUCCGUGUUGUCGUCGCUUGA